UAUUUUAUUUUAUAUUUUGUGCACUAAACCCUAGUUAAAAUUGGUCUCCAUCGGUUAUUCGCCUCACCUCAUCAGCUUCAGUAUCGCCAGAGCCUCAUCUCUCAUCUUCCAAAAGUCUCCUCGCCGCUCUCAAAAAUGUCUCUGGUGGCCAACGAAGAUUUUCAGCACAUUUUACGUGUAUUGAACACCAACGUUGAUGGAAAGCAGAAGAUUAUGUUUGCUUUGACUUCCAUCAAGGGUAUCGGAAGGCGUUUUGCUAACAUUGUUUGCAAGAAGGCCGAUGUCGAUAUGAACAAGAGGGCUGGUGAGUUGACUGCACAGGAACUGGACAAUCUCAUGACCAUUGUUGCCAACCCCAGGCAGUUUAAAAUUCCAGAUUGGUUUCUGAAUAGGCAAAAGGAUUACAAGGAUGGAAAGUAUUCCCAGGUUGUUUCUAAUGCUCUCGACAUGAAGUUGAGAGAUGACUUGGAGCGUUUGAAGAAAAUCAGGAACCACCGUGGGCUGAGGCACUACUGGGGCCUCCGUGUCCGCGGUCAGCACACCAAGACUACUGGUCGCAGAGGGAAGACUGUUGGUGUCUCUAAGAAGCGUUGAGUGCAUAUACAUAUAUAUCCUGAGGCAGAAUUUAUUUCCUUGCUUUUAGGUACUGUUUGCAUGAAGACAAAUUUUGGAUGUGACUUUCUUCUUCAGUUUGUUUUGUUUUAAUUAAUAAUUUUCUUCUAUGAAUAUGGCAAUGUUAGACAUGACAUUAGAAUACGCAAAUUUCAGGUCAAUGAAUUUCCCAACAUUCAUUAAUUAAUCA